CACAUCACACAUUGUCUCUGACCGCCCUGAUACAACUACCUAUGUUGGGUGAGCUGGAAAAUCAGAAUUCCGGUGGGACCUCUGAGAUAGACCCAUCCGUUUAAUCACCCCCGGCGUUAAUUGCUAGGGCACAAACGAGGCCCCCCAACCAUUACGCCUGAAUGGCUCGUUACCCGCCUCCCUAUAUCAAAUCAAAAGCCAACCCAAAGGCAGCCUUUACCUACAGUACAAUCAAACUGUGAAGGUGUGGCCACACACAGAGAUUACCACCGCCAUCAGAACCACUACUGCUCCCGGUGGCGCCGCUCACCUGGCAGAUGGACGUCGACGACAUCAUCGAGUCCGCCGUCCGUGCCCUCAUGUUCCUGUUGGGCAUGUUGGGCAACAACUGGCUGGCCGUGCGCUCCAUCCCGUCGCGCCCGUCGGCGCUGCGCACCAACGAGCUGCUCUUCCUCAACCUGGCCGUGUCCAACCUCAUCACCAACUACCUGGUGGACCUGCCCGACACCAUGGCCGACAUCGCCGGCGGCUGGUUCCUGGGCGACGGCUACUGCGGCGUGUUCCGCUUCUGCGCCGACCUCUCCGAGACCAGCAGCAUCUUCUCCACGCUCUUCAUCAGCGUGUACUGGUACCAGAAGCUGGUGGGCUCCCUGAAGCGCGGCGGGGGGCCCGUGCAGCUGGACAGCCUGCGUCUGAUUGGGGGGCUGCUGGCGGGCAGCUGGGGCGUGGCCGUGGUCUUCAGCAUCCCCCACUACUUCUUCGUGGCGGUGGAGGGCGAGAACGGGAGCUCUCUGGAGUGCAACGACGUGUUCCCCAGCGAGGAGGCCAAGCAGACGUACGAGGCGCUGUACCUGACGCUGGCCAACGCGCUGCCCGUGGCCGGCAUCGUGUACGCCACCGUGCGGAUCGUGGUCACGCUCAUGCAGAGUCAGAAACGCAUCCAGGGCCAUGGGGGGAACCAGGCUUCCUCGGAGGAGGGCCCUGCCGGUGGUGAAGAAGGGGGUGGUGGUGGCGGUGGUGGGGUCAGGGUGGCCAAGCCUGCGCCUAAGCCCAGCCCGGGCUCCAGUAAUCAGGUGCGGGCGGCCAAGAGCGUGGUGGCGGUGGCCAGUAUAUUUGUGGUGUGCUGGGUGACCCAUCUGCUGCUGCGCAUCUCCAGCAACAUCCAGACGUCCCCCAUCGUGGUGGAGGUGGCCAGCUACAUCGCAGCCUCCUACACCUGCAUCAUCCCCUACAUAUUCCUGUACGGCGUCAAGAAGCUGUCCUGCUCCUGUUGUGGGGCCAAGCAGUAGGAGCUGGAGUAGUAAGACGGAGUGCUGUUGAUAUCGGUUCAAUGAUGGCACUGAUCUUUCUGGUUUAGGAUCUUUUGUUUGUUCAAGUCUAUUUUUUAUAUUUAAAAAACAUUUAACAUUAAGCACUUUUAUUCAUAGCUCAUAACAUAAUUACUGUUAUUCAUGUACUGUUGAACAUAACGCAUUCCGCAGUUCAAGAGUCAACUCUUCUGAAAGUUGCAAGUGAUUGUUUAUAAAGAAAUAAAGGAAUG